UCUGACUUGCUGAACUGGAGGGUACCCAGGAGGGAGGGCCCUGCCCCGAGGGCACAGAGCAGGCCCAGGAUGGCGGUGUUUGCGGGAAAGGCCAAGUUCAGUCUGAAGAUGCUUCCGCUUCUGCUCUUACUCUUCCUGCAGCUUUCCGGGGCCUUUCCGGUGCAUCGGGGAUCCCCGGAAGAGGAGCCCACGCAAAUUGUUCAGGCUUACCUGGAAAUGUUCUACCAGCUACCACGGAGUGAAUAUCGGUCCGAAAGGAGGAACACCACCAGUGUGAUUGUUGAGAAGCUCAAAGAGAUGCAGCGAUUCUUUGGGUUGAAUGAGACGGGAAAACCAGAUGAGAAGACCCUGGAGAUGAUGAGGAAGCCUCGCUGCGGGGUGCCUGACAACGGGGACUUUAUGGUAACCCCGGGGAACCCCAAGUGGGAACGAACUAACCUGACCUACAGGAUCACGAAGUACACCACGAAGCUGCCAGAGACUGAGGUGGAAUACGCCAUUAAGGAAGCCUUUGAACUCUGGACGAAACCAUCACGCUUGACCUUCACCCAAAUCUCACAGGGAGAGGCAGAUAUCAAAAUCGCUUUUGUCCAAAGAGAUCAUGGUGACAAUUCUCCAUUUGAUGGACCCAAUGGAAUCCUUGCUCAUGCCUUUCAGCCAGGCCAAGGCAUUGGGGGAGAUGCUCACUUCGACGAAGAAGAAACAUGGACCACAGAUUCCAACAAUUAUAAUUUGUUUCUCGUUGCUGCCCAUGAAUUUGGCCAUUCCUUGGGGCUGUCUCACUCCACCGACCCAGGUGCCUUGAUGUAUCCCACCUAUGCUUUCCGUGAACCCAGUAACUACACCCUCCCCCAAGAUGACAUCAAUGGCAUUCAGGCCAUCUAUGGACCUUCAAGCAACCCUGUCCAACCGACGGGACCAACCACACCCACAGCCUGUGACCCCAAUCUGUCGUUUGAUGCCAUCACCACCCUCCGUGGAGAAACCUUAUUCUUUAAAGACAAGUACUUCUGGAGAAUUCACCCCCAGAUGCCGGAGGUGGGGCUCAACUUCAUCUCUCUGUUCUGGCCGGCUCUGCCGGACGGCAUCCAGGCCGCGUACGAGGACCCAGACAAGGACCUGGUUUUCCUGUUUAAAGGCAGCCAGUACUGGGCUCUGAGUGGCUAUGACAUUGAGCCCGGUUAUCCGAAGGACAUCUCAAACUAUGGCUUCCCCAGCAGCAUCCGUGCAAUCGAUGCAGCUGUUUACUACAGGGAAGAGACCUACUUCUUCGUCAAUGACCAAUUCUGGAGAUACGAUAACAAAAGACAGUCCAUGCAAAAAGGUUAUCCCAAAAACACAGCGGAUGUCUUUCCAGGAAUAGAAAGUAGAGUCGAUGCAGUUUUCCAGAAGAAUCACUUCUUCUUUUUCUUCAGUGGACCAAGAUAUUAUGCGUUUGAUCUGAGUGCUUACAGGAUUAUUAGGGUUGAAAGAAGUAAUAGAUGGCUUAACUGCAGAUAAAGCUGAAGCAAAGUCAAACGUGUCUGCAUCCAUUUCCUGCAAAUGGAAGGAAAGUCAGUUUGCAUAUCCAUUUUACUUUGUCCUAUCUAUACUUUUCUCAGCAAUAAGUAAUGUCUGCUAUCACUGUCCUCAUUCAGCCUGUCUUCCAUGUCGUCCACUGUCUACACGGCUGAUUUAGUUCUUAUAUAUUCCAUCUCAAGAGAGGAGAUAAAGCCUUCCUGGUCACCUCAAUAUUCACUAUUAUGUCGCUUAUCUGACUUCUAAAAUGCACGUAUAUACCUAAGUCUCCUUAAGCGUGUCUUAGUGCAUCUGCUAUACACAAUUAGCAUUGGAGUUUGGUGAGACACAGAGACCUUGAGCAUCAUAAACAGACCGUCUUGCCUUUGCUGAAAAUGUGGAGCUAUUUCCAGUCUUGGAAAAAAGUCUCAUUGAUCCAGGUAGUGGGUGGAAUUGUAUCCCUCCAAGAAGAUGUUGAAGGCUCAUCCUAGGUGCCUAAGAAUGUACCCUGUUUGAAACUAGAGUCUUUGGAGAUGUGUUAGUUAAAAUGAAGUUACACUGGAGCAGGGAAGACCUUGGAAGGAGAGGAGCCAUGCACGCACUUGGUGGGAAGGUCCCGUGAAGGUAAAGACAGAGAUUGGAAUGAUGCAUCUACAUGCCACCCACAGCCGACAGCCACCAGAGAGCCUGCAGAGAAAAGAAUUUUGUCCCCCAACACCUUGAUUUUAGACUCAUAGCUCCCAGAACUGUGAUAGAAUAAACUGCAUUUUCUAAGCAA